CCUCCCUGUCGCCAGGUCUGCACCCCAGAACCCCGAGCAGGGCGCGCGCGCACGUCACAGCCUUUGCCUACUUGCUGAUCCACCGCAGCAUCUCAGGACAGGUGUCCAAGCGCGCUGGUGGGGAUGUGCGGCAGCACUCUGAGGGUCCGUGAGCUCGGAGUCCAAGCCCGUCACCACCAGUCCCGUCGUCCGCCAGCACCGACGCCACCCGUCACCGCCCCAUCGUCCUCAGAAAGGGUACGAGCGCCUUCCAUUCCGAAAACAGAACUCCGCCCUGAAUUCUGAGGAAGGCUGUCCCCCUGACCACCGGACACACCCCGGGUGACCCGCAGACCAGAGAAUGAACCGGGGGUGUGCUAGCUUAACCUGCUAACCCGAUUCUCGAAGGUCGCAAAGAGGUGUCACUUGUGGGGCUCUUCCCUCUGCGCAGCACCAUUAACCAGGCAGUGCACAGAACAUGGCCACGCUGUCUGAGCAACAGAGCAGCCCCCGCACCGCACGAGAGCUUACUGGUAUUUGAAGAAGUGUUUCAUUUCUCCAGGAAGAAUAUGAUGUAUCUUUCUCAAGCUUCACUUUUAUUCUUAAAUACACUUAUUUUAAUUUGUGGAGAAGUUAUACAAGGUAAUUGUGUACAUCAUUCUACGGAUUCUCCAGUAGUUAAUAUUGUAGAAGACGUAUCUAAUGCAAAAGAUGAGAAUAAAAGUAAUGAUACUGUUUGUAAGGAAGACUGUGAGGAGUCAUGUGAUGUUAAAAUUAAAAUUACACGAGAAGAAAAACAUUUCAUGUGUAGAAAUUUGCAAAGUUCUAUUGUUUCCUACACACGAAAUACCAAAAAGCUGCUAAGAAAUAUGAUGGAUGAGCAACAAACUUCCUUGGAUUAUUUAUCCAAUCAGGUUAAUGAGCUCAUGAACCGGGUCCUCCUUCUGACCACAGAAGUUUUCAGAAAGCAGCUGGAGCCUUUGCCUCACAGGCCAGUUCAGUCUCAUGGUUUAGAUUGCACUGAUAUUAAAGAUUCCCUUGGCUCUGUCACCAAAACACCAAGUGGCUUAUAUAUAAUCUACCCGGAAGGAUCCAGUUACCCAUUUGAGGUAAUGUGUGACAUGGAUUACCGAGGAGGUGGAUGGACCAUGAUACAGAAAAGAGUUGACGGGAUCAUUGAUUUCCAAAGGCCGUGGUGUGAUUAUCUGGACGGAUUUGGCGACCUUUUAGGCGAAUUUUGGCUAGGACUAAAAAAGAUUUUUUACAUAGUAAAUCAGAAAAAUACCAGUUUUAUGCUGUAUAUUGCAUUGGAAUCUGAAGAUGACACAUUUGCUUAUGCAUCAUAUGAUAACUUUUGGCUAGAAGAUGAAACAAGAUUUUUUAAGAUACACUUAGGACGGUAUUCAGGAAAUGCUGGUGAUGCGUUCCGGGGAUCUGGAAAAGAAGAAAACCAAAAUGCAAUGCCUUUCAGCACCUCAGAUGUUGACAAUGAUGGGUGUCGCCCAGCGUGUCUUGUAGGGGGUCAGUCAGUGAAGAGCUGCAGUAGCCUGAAUAACAACACCGGCUGGUGGUUCAACCAGUGUGGUCUAGCGAAUCUGAACGGCGUCCAUCACUUUCCCAGGAAACUGCUCGCAACUGGGGUUCAAUGGGGCACAUGGACGAAAAACAGUGCACCUGUCAGGAUUAAAUCUGUUUCCAUGAAGAUUAGAAGAACCUACAACCCAUAUUUUAAGUAAUCUUUUUUAAAAUUUUAGUGUGUGUUCCAGUUAUUUUUGAUACUAUAGAAAAUAUUUUACAUAGUUUCUCUUUUUACUGGGUUUCAAACAUAUUAGCCAAAAUCUAACUAUAGAUGACAUCUAGAUGUUAAGGGUUUAAUCAGAGAUCUUUAAUUUUGUAGAGUUUUCUAAAACAUAGCUCAGUGUAUGCUUUUUACUAACUACAUUAGCAAUAUGUAAUAAAAUUUGUUUUAAAUGAAUUGUA